AGUGAUAACAAUUUGCAAGUAAAAAGAAAACAACGGAACAAUUGCAUCGGAAACGCAAAAAAAAAUCCACAAUUAAACGUGUCUACUGCCAAGAAAAAAAAAAAACACAAGCAAAUCCAAUCUAUGAAGAAAAACUGUACAAUUUACGGAAAUUAUAAGUAACAAGAUUAAAGCAAAGAAUUUCUUAAAUUGUUGUGAAAUUGUUUUUAACUACCAAAAAACAAAUUACGGAUAUAAAACGAAAAAGAAAGAGUGGAAAAUUUGCUAAACAAGUGUUAGGUUAGAAACGAAUAAUCAAAGAGGAAUUGAAAAAAAUAAAAGUGUUUAGUAAUAAAAAAAGCCAAAAAAAAACGUAUAACAACAACAACAGCUAAAACAAAAACAAUGACAAACAAUAGAGAAGAAUUGCCAAUGCAACAACAACAACAAAACGAUAACAAUGAGCAAUUACCCGAACCACAAGCAGAAGCUGGUGGAGGAGGUGAAGAACAACAGCAGCAGCAGGCAAAUGAACAAGAAGAGCAACAGGAGGAGCAGGUAAAUAUGGAAAUUGAUGACCAACAGCAGCAGCAACAGCAAGAACAGCCAAACGAUGAUAAUAAUGAAAAUCAAGAUGCCGCCGCGGCAAAUGAAGAUGCCCAAGCCGAAGGAGCAGAUGGUGAAAAUCAAAACUCAGAUGCUGAAGAUGAUGACAAUGGAGCAGCAGCUGCUGAUCCAUUUUAUGGCUUCGAUGAAUCUGAACCCAAUUUAGAGGAAAAAGAUAUGGCUCAAGUCUUACAAUUUUGGGAAUCAAAACAUACUACAUCGGGCUUUGAUCCCGUACCAAUAUUAAAAAGAUUGGCUGAAAUUUUCGAAAAAGAAAAAGAGAUUUACAUGCGUAAAGAUCCAGAUCCAUUCGAUGAACGUCAUCCCUAUCGUACUGAUCCCAGCUGUCAAUUUGGUUUCCUUCUCAAACAACUAUUUCGCAAAGAUCAUUUUAUGAAAAAGUUGGUUAAUGAUUAUUUGCGUGAUAACUAUUUCACAAGGCAAAACAUCCAGAGUUCUUAUGAAUUAAAUAUUUUAGCUUUACGUUUAAUUUUGGUCAUCAUGCCGGGCCUAGAAACAACAGCUGUUUUUCAGGUGGAAUUUGAUAAUCUCAUUAAUCGUAUUUAUGGUUGGGCUGAAGAUAGUAUUGAACCUUUACAAAGUUAUGCCACAGGUUUAUUGGCUGCCGCUAUGGAGGUUACCGAUAUAGCCAUAACAUUUCGUGAUAUGAAUACACGUUUAGUGCCCAAAAUGAUUAAACGUUUACAUAUGCUACAGGCUAUACACAAAACCAUUUUACAGCCUCCCUCCACUACAGAAGUACCUUCUGCCAAUAACUCGAUAGAUAGUUCUAUAGGCUGUAGUUCAAAUAUGGAACGUAUACUGCCUUCUUGGAUGGCCGGCUCAGCACCUCAAUCACCUCAACGUUUAGAUGACAGCACAGCUAGUGCACGUUGUCACAAUAGCAGUGCUUUGGAUACCUUUGUUAACACUUCCAACUUGUCCACCCUACUGGAAAAUAGCCGUGAUGCUUUUCCCGCCAACAAUGCUGGUCGUUAUUACAAGAAAAUGUAUAUUUCCAUACAUCCACCUUCAGCGGAGACCAGUCAAAUGUUAAUAUUACGUUAUCUUACCACCAUGGGUGAAUAUCAGGAGUUUUUGGGUUUGGUAUUCGAACACAAUGCCAUGCAAUUGAUUUUCGGUUAUAUUGAAAAUUUGGAUAGACGUGAUACAUGUCUGGCCUUUGAAGCCCUCAAAUAUUUGGCUUCUCUGCUGUGUCAUAAGAAAUUCGCCCUGGAAUUUAUUUCCCAUGGAGGUUUAGAGCGCAUUUUAAAAGUUCCUCGCCCUAGUAUUGCCGCUACUGGAGUUUCUAUUACCUUAUAUUAUUUGGCUUAUUCGGAAGAUGCCAUGGAACGUAUAUGCACCAUGCCCAAAUAUAUAAUCACCGAAUUGGUUAAAUAUGCUUUAUGGAUAUUGGGUCAUUCCUAUGAUUCGGGUAAAUGUCAUGCUACCAUGUUCUUUGGCCUAAGUUUUCAAUUUAAAGUCAUGUUAGAUGAGUUUGAUGCUCAAGAUGGUUUAAGAAAACUAUACAAUGUGAUUUCGGUUUUGAAAAUCCUUAAUCCCUCCAAUAAUGAUGAUGACGAUAAUAAUGAACUGAACGAAGAUGUGGAAUGUGCUUCCCGCCAAAUGGUGCGUCAUGUUUGUGUGGCUUUAAAGCGUUAUAUGGAAUCCCAUCUUUUCUAUAAAUACAACAACUUUAUGUGUCAACAAUAUCCGGUAUCAAGUGAAUUUAAUCGCAACAUUACUAAAGCUGCCAAAUCUACGGUAGAACAAAUCAAUGAACAGAUACGUACGCUUCAAGAAAAUACCUCGGUAAGAGCCCAUUGGGCUCCUGUAGAUCAGCUCUUGAAAUUGGGUGGCAUAACUUUACUGCUAAAGAUUAUUGCUUUCUCUUAUGAUUGGAAUAAUGGUGGCCGCUCGGAAACGGUGCGUACUGCUUUAGAUGUUCUCUCUAUAUGCUGUGUUAUACCACGUGUUUACGUGGCCUAUUGUGAUCUAUUAGAAUUGCCCGAUCAUGUCACUACUUCGGGUAUUUAUUCCAUAUUGGGCGCUGCUGCUGGUGAUAUAGUGCCCGAUGCAGAUGUACAAAAAUCUGCCUUGGCAGUGCUAUGUAACUGUGUUUGCUCUCCUAUAGCCAGGAAAGAACCUAAUAGUCUUAUCAAAUGCUUUGGUUCCUCCAAGAAAAAUAAACAUAAUAACAAAUACAGCGAGGAACUAGUGGAAAAAGUAUGGGAAUCAGUUUGUUCCAACAAUGGCAUUAUUGUUUUACUUUCCCUUAUGCAAAUAAAAACACCCAUUACCGAUGCUGAUUGCAUACGCGGCAUGGCCUGUCGUGCUUUAGCAGGUCUAGCACGUUCAGAACGUGUCAAACAGAUUGUAGGCAAACUGCCUCUAUUUGCCAGUGGUCAAAUACAAACUUUAAUGCGUGAUCCUAUACUACAGGAGAAAAGAGCUGAACAUGUUAUAUUCCAGAAAUAUGCCUUGGAACUACUAGAGCAGGUUUCGGGUAAAACUAAACCAUUCAGUCAUCAACUGGAUCCCACCUUGGCCAAUAUACACAAGGCCAAUAUAAUAGCACAAACCAAAAUACAAUAUAACGAACAGCAGCUAUAUCAAUUGAUCUAUGAUCAUUUGGAAUCUAAAGGACUUUCACAAACCGCCCAAAUGUUGCAAAAAGAAGCUGGUCUACAGCUGCCCUCAACAACCACCAAAAGUUUUCAUCAAUCGCCGUUUGAUUAUAAGGUAUUGCCCACUAGUUCUAUAGCACGUAAUCGUUUGCGUAAUCGUAUGCAGGAUGUUAAUCAAGCUAUAAACAGUGCUACCAAUCAAACACCACCUAGUAGUAGCUCAGCAACUAAUAGUGGAGAAUUGUUAAAUGGCAGUUUUAGUGAAGACCAGGUCAUGAAUACAGUGACCCCCAUUAAAUUGGUCAAGAAAAUGGAGAAAACAAAUCCACCCUCUAGCACUACAUUAAACACUACCAACAGUGCGGUGCCCAAGUCAACUUUAAACAAUGCUAAUCAACAAAGAUCUUUGCAAAAACAAAUUUCCGUAGUGGAUCCCAAUAGCUUAAUGGAAGUUGGCUCACCACCUUCUACUACGGGUAUUUCUUUGGGUACCAUUGUCACUGAAUACUUAACAAAUCAACAUGCUCUUUGCAACAAUCCCAUGACUACUUGUCCUCAAUUCGAUUUGCUUACACCUCACAAAUGUCCCGAUCCCAAACCCAAUCGUGUUUUAGGCGACAAUCUUAAUGUAACCAAUCGUUUCUUUAGAGCACAAGCCGGCUAUAAUACCCGUAAAAUGAAUAGACGUUUUGUGCAUUCCUACUUUGCUCCUUGGCGUACUAUACGUUCUACCGAUAGUAAUGAAAUCAACUUUUCCUCCUGUCAUAUUGUACAAAAUUCCGAUCUUCUACUGGUGGGCACCCAUCAGGGCGAGGCUAAGGCCUUUAAUAUUAAUCAUGCCACGGAAGAGUUUUCCUCUCGUUGUCAUAGUUAUAUUAUUGAUUCUAUACAAUCGAAUCGUACCGGAGACUUGGUGUUAACUUCAGCCAGCUGGCGUUCCCCUUUAAGUGUUUUGUGGUCUAUUAAGGAUUCAGAUUUUGUGUCGAAAAUACAAUUUAAUGAUGAGUUUUAUUGUGAAUUUAGUAAAUUGUCACAGGACAAAAUCAUAGGCACACAAAAUGAUUGUUGUACUAUUUAUGAUAUAGCCAAGGGUCAACUGAUAUCAACAUUUACACCUACAUUGGGUAAUCAAUAUAGUAAAAAUCGUGCUACCUUCUGUCCCACCGAUGAAUUGGUAUUAUCAGAUGGUGUUCUUUGGGAUGUGAGAUCUGGCAAAGAAAUACAUAAAUUUGAUAAAUUAAAUCAAUCCUUAUCAGGUGUCUUCCAUCCAAAUGGUUUAGAGAUUAUUUCCAAUACAGAGGUAUGGGAUUUGCGCACAUUCCAUUUGCUGCAAACGGUACCGGUGUUGGAUCAGUGUCUCUUGAAAUUCUCUCCCCUCAACACUAUAUAUGGCAUACGUUUGGAAAUGGAAUACCGCAACGAUUUCGAUGAUACAACCAAUUACGAUACCAGCUUUAAGGUUCUAGAUGCCUACGAUUAUUCCUCGAUAUCGACCAUAGAUGUUAAACGCAGCCUAUUUGAUUUGAGUGUCAAUGGUAAUGGCAGUCUAAUAGCUUUGGUGGAGGAUCAACCCUCAUACGAGACGAAAUCCGAAACAUUUGUGAAGAUAUAUUGUGUGGGCAUGAAGAAAACCGAACAAGACGAAGAGGAAGAUGAAGAGGAGUGUGAGUCCGACGAGGACAAUUCAGACAGUGAUGCCUCAGGCAAUGUAUUUGGUUUACGAUCUGAUGAUCAAAUGCGUAAUGGCAGAAGACGCCGCAAUCAAGAAGAUGAUGAUGACGACGACGAUGAUGAUGACGAUGAUGAUGAUGACGACGAUGAUGACGAUGACGACGACGAUGAUGAUGACAAUGACGACGACGAUGAUGAUGGUGGCUGGAUAGAUAUUGAUAUGGAUGAUGAUGAUGAAGAUAUACCCUUAAAUAAUUUCCGUUUUAUUGAUUAGAAUUUGAAAUACACUUCAACUCCUUCCUCUCAACUACCAACUACCUAGUCUAUCUUCUUCUUCUGCCAGGUGUAAAUGAUAGCAACUUUAUUUUGGUCACACAUUUGUUUGUUAAAUGUUAACAAAAAAAA